CCCACCAUUCCUUUCGCGCGGACGAAGCCCUAAAGCAGACUACACGGAAGGAUUUUGCUUCUGUGCGCUGGGUACUAGCCAGUGCACCGUUUGGUACUUGUAUGAAAUUUCACGGAAUGUUUUCGAGGGUUACUUUUUAUCCCUCGUUAAUAUAUAAUGUCGUCAUGGAGCGUGUGUCAACGAGGCGGUGGUACGACCGCAUUGACGAUACCGUUAUCCUCGGAGCACUGCCUUUCCGGAGCAUCACGCCAAAGUUACUCGAAGAAGAAAACGUGCGAGGGGUCGUGUCAAUGAACGAAGACUUCGAGCUACGAUAUUGGGUCACGAGCAAGGAAGAGUGGGAGAAAUGUGGCGUCAAGUUCCUCCAGUUGAGCACUACGGACAUCUUUGAGACACCCUGUCAAGAAAAGCUCCAACGCGGUGUGCAGUUCAUCCAAAGUUUUGAAGGCACGGGCCACUCCGUCUACGUUCAUUGCAAGGCUGGCAGGACACGCAGUGCGACACUUGUUGGCUGCUACCUGAUGCAGAGGUACCAGUGGACGCCACAAAAGACUGUGGAUCUUCUGCGUCAGAAACGGCCCCACAUACUGCUGCACUAUGCCCAGUGGGAGGCCCUGCACACUUACUUCAACAAGAACGUUGCCGCCACUCUGGAAUCAGGUGACCCUCCAGUCAUCAGCAGCAGCCCUGGCUAAUGACAAGUUUCACUCGCCGUUGCCACUCGUUGUAUCUUUGUGUUUUACAAUGUGCCUCUGGAAAACUGUAGGUAAGGCUGGGAGUGUUGCGACGCUGGGGCCAGCUCUGGCAAUUCUUGCAGCCCCUGUAUUAAUAUUUCUGUUGCCCAAACGAGGAAGGUGAAGCUCUGGCUUUGGGUGUGCUAGGCGAUGCUGUUAAGCCCUCCUCUUCUCUCUAAGGUAUCUACUUCCACCUUCCAGUGGCAGUUGCAGAUAUGUGUGGAGCACCUGCAGACAUUGUGUUGCUUAAUCGAUGUUGGGUGAUUGAAGUAAUUGCUGUGCUGCCAAGAAUCACUUGUUCAACUUGCGAAACCAGCAUAAGAAAGAUGAGGGCAGCAGUAAAAAAAUGGCGACAGGACACGCCGCAUUGGCUCAGUGGCUAUGGCGUUCUGCUGCUGAGCACAAGGUCGUGGGUUCAGUCCCCAGCUGCGUGCGGUUGUGUUCCCGUGGGGGUGAAAUUAAACAGGGAGAAGAAAAUCGCUAAUAUGUUUAGAUGUAUGUGCAUGUUAAAGAACCCCAGAUGACCAAAAGUAAUCUGGAGCCCUCCACUAUGGCAUCCUUCUUUACCUGCAAUGCAUAUUUGGGACGUUAAAUCCCAAUUUAUUUUGAGAAAGUGACAGGAAAAGUGCUGAGCUUGCAACUGUUCGUUUAUUCAAAGGAAGCCGCAAGCUAACACUUUAUGCAUGCAUCAGACCACUGCAACCGCAUUUGACUUAAAAGUUCAGGUGUUGCUUUAGAUACUUGUAUUCUUUAUCACUAAGAAUGACAGGUGGAACACUGAAACAUUGUCUGGAGCCAUAUUUUUUAGUAAGGUAUGCUUCCAAAAGCUAUUCUUUCACUGCUGUCCUUUCCCUUGUCUCUUUUGUGCUGGUGUCAUAUCGUCAAUAAUAUGGCCCUUACCAACUGGCCGAGAAACACACUAUACUAAGUUGAGAGUCAUUGUCAUUUGAAAGUAGAAGUGAGAGUUAAACUAUGGAAUUGUCAAUAAAGCAAUCAUUGUAAAGCUGGCAUGUGGCAAGAGGAAACAUCUGUGCUUUCACUGAAACCUUUUGGAAACUUGUGCAAUUAGUUGUGCAAUAGUGAUGUGGAACACCAUUUGUUGGAGUGUCCCUGGCUCAUUACCGAACGCAAUCUUUGUUUCCACGAGGAAACUGGACAAUCGUGAUGAAGUUGUCCACCUCCUCUUGAAGUUUUUAAUCCUUUGAGGGCCACAUGUUCUUGUCGAAAAAGCAUCCUCUCUGGUUCACAUUUUCUUAUUGCAUAUUUAAAUUCUUCAGAGUGACUUAAUUCGAGAAGAGAGGGCAGCUUGGCGCAGCAUCGUGCACAAGAUGGCUUCAGGCUUGUGUCCUGUUUCGUCUCGCUGUUUGCCUCGUCUUGUUGACCCGUUCUGCAUUGCACUUCUGAACGUGAAUGAACUUCCCUGAAAGAAGGUGCCUGGGCAGAGCAAUUGCUGGCAUGUCUUGCAAGUCUGUAGAUCUGCCUGCAGCCAACAACAUCCUCAUUCUCCUGUGCAAUUGUCGUUUUCAUGCACAAUAAUUUAAAAAAUAAGGUAGCAGUGUUGUGUCUGCUGUUAAGAGUGGGUUUUGUGGUUCUAUAGCAGAGCUUCACAUCUGCAGCUACCAGUGGGAAUGAGCCCUUUCAUGCUUCCACGGGUACCGGAAGAGGUAGUGGUGCAAAGAUAGACCUGUUUCGGCACUGGCAACUGCAAAUAUUGUAUGGCUUUAACAAUUGAUGCAUAUCUUUAAAAAACAGAAGGCAGAUUUAGCUUUUAAAAAAAAUUCGGAAGCAAAUUUUUUUUUUUUGUGAUGCUCAAUGGGCUGUUGUAGACAAAUGCUGAAUGCAAUGUUUCUUAGCCUUCUUUGUUUCCAUGCUGAAUACAAGAUUUUUCAAUGUUAAAAGAAAGUGUGCAGUGCAAAAUUCGGUCCUUAAUAGGUCUGCACUGCCUAUCUUGUCUCAUGCAGGCAGCACAAGAUCCAAGAAAUGACCAUUAGAGACAAGGUACAGGCCUACAAUUAAGGCAGUGUGGUUAAGGAACACCAUCUGCAUUUCUUAAUUUAACUAUGUGAGGUCUUGUUUUACUAUGGUGUGACCAGGCAGUCUCAUGGGUGAUGAAGCUUAGCGAAAGUUGUGUGUAGUAUGCGUGCAGUACACAUUGCUUUCAACAAAGUGUUUACCUAACACUGCCAAUGCCAGUGCCGCGAGUAGCUCUUGGAAAUAGUUUUUUAGGCUGUAGUCUGAUGCAUUGAUAUUUGUCCAAUUGGUGAGGAAGGCAUCAAAGUCUGGCAGAGUUAGUGUAUCUCAGGGCCUUCUUUCCGUUGUCCACUUUGUCCCCAUUCAUGUGACGUCAUUUUGUUAAAACAAGCUAGUUUUGUAUCUGUAGGGCAGCAGAGCUGCGUUGUGGUUGCAACAGUGACGUAGUGCUGUAGUUUUUCUUUGUUUUUGCCUACAGGUGGUUUCAUACUUUUUAACAUGCAGUGUCCCCCAUAUGUGUGCUAUGUUUUAUUUAGUGUGGCACUGCAACUUUUUGUGGUCAUUCCUUGAGGGCGAACUGCAAUGAAAUUUCAUUUCGGCUAAUAUCGCUAUAUAUAAGUAGUAUGUACUACUGAUGCAAUAUUGGCAAAUUUGCAGGGCUGGUGAUUGUCUAAUUUUGUUAACAGCAUAACCUGUGCAGACAAUGCCAGUACCCAAUGCUUAGUACUCGACAGGUUCCAGUAAAUGGCCUCCAAGAUUUACAGUGUGCCGCAGGCACCACCCAAGUCUUGAAGGUCACACCAGGGUGUUGCGCUGGUUUUCAACACUCCAGAUUCUCUGUCACUUCCAGUAAGCAGUAAUCGUGGUGUUUUCGUGAGUUUUGGUACCAAAAAUGUCUGUUCCUGUAAACUUUUCGUAGUGUGUUCAAUAGUAUUCCAAAUGCAAAUCUUUGCAUGGGGGCUGCUAUAUAUCUACGCUAUCUCAAACUAGGCUCCUUACAUGGUCUGAUAUUUCGUUGCGGUUGGCUUUUAAGCUGUGAUGUCUAAGAGGUCCUCUGUACAAGAGCCCAUUCAAAGUAACGGACAACACCAUUGUUUGGUGCUGUUGAGACUUUUCUAAUGUGACCAAUCUGAUGUCAUGACACUUGGCCUGCGACGGGACCAGAAGAUAUGCGCACUUCAUCACUGGCUCUGAUAUUGUGUGGUACAUAAACAUGCAGGAAAAGCAGUGAAAGUGAACGAUGAGGCCGAGGAAUGGGGCUGAAUACACACUGGUUAGGCACUUAUUAGUCCAAAAGUUGUUUGUCGGGCUUUUUUUUUUUUCCUUGUUCUCGAAAUAGCAGGCAGAACUAGAAGUUAAAGAAUAGCUAGUUAAAGAACAGGUCCCAUGCACCUUACACCUGACAGUACAGCAUUGUAAGUAGUACAAUUAGUGAGGCAAAAAUGUCCGGGGGAAAAAAAUAUCUGUAAACAAUAAAAGGGAGCGUAUUAUGCAUGUCUUACACAUAGUAUACAACACAUGUGUGCCAUGGCACUGUGGUGAGAAAGAUGUUGACCACACCUUUUUAAUGUAAAAUGAUAUGGCCUGAAUAACUAUGCUGUAGUUUCUAUUUAUUUAUUUAUUUUCGUAAAGUGCAUGAUGUGGAAGCAUUUUGAGACAGUGUUACAGAUUUUGAUGUGUGUCACCUAGCAUCUGCAGUGUGAGACAAGUAGCCUUAUGAAAGUAACUUAUAGUAUUAAACAUCGGGUGACCUGUUCUCUUGGCAUAGAUGUAACAAAGGCAACUCAGACUGAAACAAGAAACCUAUAUUGUUAGAAUAGGCAAUAUGGUGGUGCCAUCUGUUUCCAUGAGAAUCAAAUACCCACUGCAAAGGCUAUUGGACGCCAUGGGCUGGUUACGCAGGUUCUCGUGAAAUCCGCCGUUCUCAUAGUUUGACGGCGCAUGCGUCCUGCACUAGCGGAUUAGUCGCGAAACGUUUUGGAAGGGCCACGUGCAUCGUUGCAUGCUGGGAAGUCCCCCCCCCCCCCCCCCCAAAAAAAAAACCGCUCGAAAGUGCGUUGCUGCAAACACUUGUGCCAUCUACUGCGUUGAAACUCCACUGGUAGCUCAACAUCAUUACGGUGCCGAAAACGUGCGUAGAGUAAGACUGCAACUCAACUUUAAAACAGAAAGUGGCCAGGGCUUCGUUUCAGUGGUUCGGACUGCGCCGUGAGCCAGGUAGUUGCCGCCUUUCAUUGAUGGCUAGCAAAUUUAACAAAAACCUGUAUGUUACACUUGGACGACACUUAAAAACAUCACGUUGCUGAUGUAUUUUUGCAGCGUCGGUCCUCACUUGCUGGUCGUGGAAGCGCGUGCCUGGCUUCACGUAUUAAGGCGUGGUAACACUGGGUCGAUGCGAGACUGACAAGAUGCUCACAUCAACGUAUGACCGACUAUUCAGUACAAUACGCCGCUGAAAGCAUUUUAUCAUACCAGGCCAACAAUGGCGCAACCGACGAGUGUGAGUUGUCACACUGCGAUGGGCUUUCUUGUAGACGGCACCAACAAAAUCAGUAUGCCGACCAUCGUUCAACCGUGCCCUGCGCAAUAGGCCAUCGAACUGACAACGGGACAGCGCCUUCGCUUGUACAUAUAAUUAAGCGUGCUCAAAGUAAGUCAGAACAUGCCUACGAAGUUGAAGUGCACAAGCUUGAACUCUCUCAAGCCGUGCACAUGAAGUUUCAGCCAAUGUCGAUGCUGUUCAGGAAAGGUUAAGCCUGGCACCAUCAUGUUAGUGCACCCGCUACCGGCGGACCUGAACUGAAAUGUAAGCAGUUAGGAUGAAGGAAACUUCUUUUACAGUUCAGUACUGUCCUUAGUGAUUUGAAAUCAACUACACUUUACUUCGCAUGGCAAGCACACAAUAAGCGGCAAGCGGCGACACAGCGCUGUGCCAACAUCUGUACGUCACUGUACCGUACGGUAGGCUUCCGGUUGCAUUCGGUGGGUCUGUAUGUGUUGUUAUGCUGACACAUUUGUCGAUUUCAGUGAUGUACUGCUUACCUCUGUGCCAAACAGGAAACAAGAGACGGUGCAUUCGGUAUAAAGCAGCAUAAACAAGCGUGUUGCUCAGUUAUACCAACGGUAUCAGUGAUGGCAUCCGCAUUUUCACGAAACAACAGAGCACUUAAUUUAUUCCAGCACAGUUUUCUCUAAUAAUGUUUUAUGGCAAGCACAAACUAUGAUAGAGUUAAAUAAAGCGAGAAUCAGAAAUAAAUUAACAGCCCGUAAUAUGUUGUCUGGAUCACAGUUGCCAUCGUUUAAGUGGUGCGGCCACUCAUGUUGACUCGUCUCAGGGUGGAACAACACAUAUGCACUUAUAUGUAUGUUUUGCUACGUUUCGACAUUAUUUUAUAUCAGCUAUGCACCUUUUUCACAAUAUUUGAUGCUAAGAAAGAUCUGUGUCUGCAGAUGUCGAUGUAAACAAGUGCACCGCUUUGAUAAAUCCAGCACGGAAGGCUGCGCUCGAAGACUUCUUGAAUAUGCGAAAUGCCUAAAUAAUCUUUAAAAAGAAUAUAAAAAAAAAUGAGCUCCAAGUGCAGAAUUCAGCGACAACAAACUCCAAGGCAGCCGUGUCGGCAAAGGGAACUCAGCGUGCCUUUAUCGGCUGCACUGUUGGCACAACAGCACACUCAGGCCUGCUCACCCAGUAGUCACUGAGUGCUUUAUGGCAUCCAGGAACUACGUUCUGCCCCAGAGAAGCCAUUAAUAAUGAUUCACAAUCCACGAAACGCACAACUGACGCAUACUCAACGUGGGCACAUGCACACAAAUCAAUUGGUGAAAGCCCUAUCACCCUUCCAAAACGUUUCUAGCGGCGUGCGGCAGAGGUCAGCACAUGAAAAUGAAAAAGGUGGAUGGCUGAAGCUCAGCAGCCUUGGGCACAGACAGUGCUUGGGAGGGAGAUAGCCUGAGUGCCAAUGGCCUCCCUCCUGCCACACAACAGUUCAGGUGUCCACUUUGAGCAAGACAGUUAUUGUGUCUAUGCAUAUCUGUCAUGCCAAUGUAGAAACAAUGGAAGACUGCAAAGCAUAGAGUGGUUUGGCAUUGUGGCAUCAGACAGGGGCCAUGGUUCUCCCCUAACAAAAAACUGCUUUUAUCCACUACUCUUUAUUUUUGUUGAUACAGCAUCGCUGCAGAUGAUGCACGCUUCUGUCAUUCUAUGUGAAGCAGGCAGGUACUGCACCCAGCAGCGAUACCAAACGAAGCCCAUUACCAAAUUCCACCUCUGUGCUAAAUUUGUAAAUGGCACUUAUACUUGUCUUCUUUAGUAACACAAUUGGUGUGUAUAUCAGCUCUCGCCCUUAGUGGUGGCUCAUUGGCUAUGUUCUGCUGCUAAGCAUGCGCGCUCACGGGUUCGAUUCCUCACUAUUUUAUUGGAGGUAGAAUGCAGAAACGACCACAUACUGUGCUUUAGGUGCACAUUGAAGAACUCAAGGUGACCAAAUUAAUCCAGAACUCCCCACUUUGGCAUCUCUUACAAACUCAGUGUUGCUUUGGGACACUAAACUCCAUAAUUUCGAACAUCAAUUCUUGUGGUGAUAUAUCAAUGUGGUGAUGAUGCUUAUAAUCUGGUUUGCAUAACUCCAACAUAUAAAGGAAUAUUUUGUUUGAACAAGUGGCUAUGUAUUCGGGUUGGUGGGCUAGUAUUGCAUAAUGUGGUGAGCACUGCAACAUUAAAAAGGGCAGAGUAUGUGUGCAGGUGGUUUAUUGAUGUAAAAAAACAGAGCCUUCUUCAGUGACUAUGAAACAUUCUGUAUGAAAAGCACAUGUUUACACUGCAUGAUGGCUUGCCAUGGUGGCUUUAAUUGUGCUACAUACAUAUUUUGAGGCAGUCUUGUAAUGUUAUUACUUUCAAGACUGACUAGCAGCAUGAGAAAUGAACGCAUUCAGAUAUAUUGACUUCCAGCUCAUUUCACAUUUGCAUAUGACCCGCAUACUGUACAGGAGAAAAGUACAAAAAAAUGUGCAAAAGAGAAGGAAACAGGAUGUUAUGUUUUCAGUGCCAUUUUGUGAGGGGUAUAGGUGAAAAGUGAUGAUGCUGCACAAAAUAGUGUGUUCGCGUGCCCCAUCAUCCUGCAGCAAAAGAGAAGGAAGCGACUUUUUCUCACGACUGAGCUAUCUAUGUCAUCAGGUGGUGCUAGCAUUGGAGCGAUUGUGCCAUCUCUUGUUGUUGUGUAACUACAACAUUGAGUCCCACCAUCAAGUGUGCUUUGCAGGGAAGAUGAAUGUCAUGUGACACGAGAUAGCCUGGCCUUCCCACAUGUCGAACAGACUUGCCCAAAUACACACAUUCUGAUGUAAUUCCAUUUGAUCUAGUUUUCUUAAUUGUUCCUAGCUGAUGGUGACAUUGUAUUGAAAUAACAUUUCAGGAUCUAGUGAGUUAGUGCAUAGUACAGGGGCUGGGUGGGGUUGUAUUCUGUCCUAGUGGACUUUCCAUUUCAGCUGCUGCUGAAGUGCUGAUUGGCUAGGCUGGGGUACAAGCGAGAAUGGGGCAGCUGCCCCCGUCCUGCUUCCUUCUCGCUUGUACUGCUCCAGCCAAUCAGCAACGGCCAAAAUGGACAGUUCACUAGUUAGGCACUUACAGAACACCCUCCAGGAGUACUAAUUGGUAUGAUUGUGUAUGGAUUGUGGUGAAAUAGGUGAAAGGCUGGACUACCCAUGGCAGGAUUGCCUAUUUCCAAUCCGAGACAUGGUGUAUAUACAAACUUCUGCUUGUGGUUUUUGAAGCAGAGGUUCUUUGCUGUCCAUUCAAUAGUAGAACUAGUUAUAGUUCUGCGUCUUUCACUCAGGUGCAAGUAGGUGGAUACAGUGUACUUCUGUGGUUUAUACUCUGUUGGGAUUGGUCGCCUGUCAGUUGCACUGAGAUAACUGGCUCCUCCAAUCCUUUCCGUUCCAGCUGACUUGUAGACAUUAGUAUGUAUGUGCUGUUAUGCUGGAGUGAAACACUAAUAGGAAAAAAGUCUGUAAAACACCUGUUACACUUAAUUUUGAUUGGGAUCUGUGAUCAUGGUGUAAGCAGCCACUUGGUGCACUCUAGGCUGAAAACUUGUCACCUAUGUGAAUGAAUUGCGCCAGUGAUUUACUCUAAUGCAGAAAAGCUAAUGCAUCCUAUAGCUUAAUAUCAGACGUUCAUGUUUCAUUCUGGUGUAGUAGUAGACCUUCAUAUCAAAAGUGGGUAUGGCAUGCUGCGUGUGACCAUUGCUUAGUCCAGCCUGCGUAGUGCGCCUUUGCCUCAGUGCUCAAAUUCUGCAACAAUACUCGCUCUCUCCUUCUCAAGCUUUGAAGUGAUGAUAGUGCGACGUGAACUUGACCAAAUAACCUGGCAGGAUCUCCGGUUGCAUGUUCACUGGCCUGCAUGCGUUUUACGAAGAGUCCACACUGUCCUCAUGCUGGUCCGUUAUCCAUACUCUUCACUGACUGCUGAAUUAUGCACACUUCAGUGUAUGUUAAGAUAGAGAGUGGUUGAUUGUUUAUGUGCAUUACGCUGUUGACUUAUCUAUGUCUGCUGGCUGUGUCACUGACUUCGAUGCUGGGCUCUCAAAGCGGAGGCCCAUUUCAUGUUUUUUUUUUGUUUGCUAAUUUCAUGAUGCAGGUUCCACUGUACACUUCGUUUGGGACAUGUGCAGUGCUCUUGUUUGCUAGGCACAGCAUGUACUCGGUGCUCUGUAUCGUAGAGACAUUCAUGCAUGAUGGUAAAUGUGGCUGCAAGUUUCAGUUGCUGUACUAACAGGUUUGAGUGGUGCUGUGGGAUUAACUUGACAUUUGCGGGUGUUGCAUCAUUCUCAGUGUACGCAGUGCAUGUGUUGGAAUUACUGGCAGCCUUACAAGGAUUACAAGCAUAGCCUGCAAGUCAUAAACUCCUCUGUUUGGGUUGUGUGGAGCUGUUUAUGCUUGACAGCUACCACAAAUAGAGUGACCGCUAGAGAGGACUAAAGGAGCCUGAAGCUGAAACUGUAUGCAAAUCAUAGUCUUCCACUAGCAUGUUUUGCACUGAUGUUGAGUGUUCGUGUGUGGUGGUUUAGUGAUGGAGUACCCUUAGGGGACUUCAAGAGCUAGGUACAAGAGUGUUCGGCAUGAUUUGCAAUGACCAACCUUGAUAUGUCAGGAAGGUACAAAUGGGCGAGUGCAAAACCACAGGAAUACUGCUUUUUUCCCCCUGUUGUUCUCUUGUCUGUUGCUGGAGCUGCUGUCUGGUUCCAUGCCCAACUAAGCGGCAGGCCUUAAUUAGCUGAAACAGUGAGAAUGGCAGGAUUGAUACAAUUAUGAUGGAACGUUUGUGCACAGCAUAAUGUUGUGGGUUUUGGCUGCAUAAUAUUCAAUCUGCUGAGUGGUUGUGUAAGUUGCCACUUUGCAUUAAGCCUGUGAAACACUUCAGUGCUGGAUAAGGCAUCUUAUCAUAGUUUUACAACCUUGAAAGGAUCAAAGCAACCAGAACUAUUCUGUUAUCACUUUAUGUAGACAGCUCCUGCACAGCUGUGGUGAAUUGUUGGGGAAUGUCAUACUGAAGUCUGGGCCCUAGGCCUCACCCAUAUACACCAUCUAAAAGGCUGGCUUGGAAAUUUGUUGCUGUCGGCCUCUGCACCUAUCAUUGUCACUGAAUUUAACUGGCUCACGUGCAUCUGCUGCUUCAGUUGACUAAAGUGUGCUCCUCAGGAACAAUUUCUAUGGAGAUAGGAACCAGAAUAUGGCCCUUGUAUUUUAGCAGUCAUUUAAAAUGCAGGUCUGCCUAGCUUGAAGUGAACAAGGCUGUGGUGUCUCAAGGUCAUGUUGAAGGCCGCACUGUCUUAAACUAUUACUGCCACUGAAUCUGCUUUCUCUCCUCACUACAUGUCACAACAAUGCUGCAACAGAUGUCAACUCGAACUGCAAUCAAUUUGUGUUAAUUCAGACUUCUCACAUUUGUGUAUUUUUUGUUUGAAUGAUUUCGAGUUCAACAGAGCAUGGUACAGGUUAGAAUUUCUAUUGUGUGAAUGCAUAUGCAGGAAAGGUGCAAUUCGGCAUUUUGUUCUGCGGAACCACUAACAUAUUUUCUAAACACUCGUGAAUCAAGGAAAAAUUGUCUGAAACAUCAUUGUUAUUCGGCAGUCACAGGCUGCUAGCUCUCUGUAGGGCUUUGUUAGCACACAAGAAUAUAAUGGGCCACUGCAUGUUUGAUGUGGAAGAUGUGGCUGUGGCUCUGUGACUCAUUUUUCAUCUAAGGUUUGUAGCAGGCUGUCUUUUCGUCCUUUUCAAUUUUCUUUUUCUUAGUAUUUCUACAUUUCUGAAUUAAUAUGAAUAGUGAACUUCUUUUAUGCUUUCCAUGGCAUUAUUAUCUGAUGGCUUUAUGUGGUUGCAACUAAAAAAAGAUAAGGACUCUUGGUUCCCCUCCAUCUUCUUACCCAAGAUAGGUCGGGCUUUUUUUUUUUUUUUUUUUUUGUGUGGUAGCUUAGUAACUGCGGUGUUGUGUUGCUGAGAUUGAGGUCGUGGGUUUGAUUUCAGCUGCAGCGGUGAGGGCAAAAUGCAAAAAUGCUUGUGUACUUAGAUUUAGGUUAAUGUUAAGCAACUGCAGGUGGUCAAAAUGAAUCUGGAGCACCUGCUACAGAGUUCCUCAUAAUCAGGUCGUGGUUUUGGCACUUAAAAGUACAGAAUUAUAACUUUUAGAUUGAACUACAAUAUUACGAAGGAAAAUAAAAAGUAUUUAUCUAGGGUUUUAUGUCUUGCAUGUGGGGAGGGGACAAAAGAUGCAAUGUUAUGUUGGUCGAUGUAUUGCUUUGUAAAGAAACUCGAAGCUCCAUUUAAAUUACUGAUAUAAUAUUAAGGUGCAUUAAGAAUACUAUGAACAAGCCAUAACCUUGAAGUUGGCAAUUUUAACCAUUGUGAGUCAACAUUUAGUGUCUACACAGCAGAAACAGGAGAUUCCUUCGACUAUGCUGAACAUUGAGGUGAAUGUUUUUUUUUCUUUGGUGAGAUGGUCACUGAUUUCACAGAUUCUACUGUGGUAGACCAAAGAAAUCUUUUCCAGUAGUUGUGAAGAGUGCUGUGUCCAGAGUAGUACUAGUGAUGCAACUUCUUUUUCAUGCUUGUUCGCCAAAGGUGAACAAAUGUUUGGUAACUUUUUGAAUGAUUUUUUUUUAUGGCACUUCCUAGCGGGUGGACAGAAGCACACAAAACUGCAUGAAAUGAGCCCUUGUGGGAGCUCGUACCAGCCUUGGUGGCGCUCCCAAGACUGAAAGAGACAACUUCAUUUAAUCUGAAAUCCCACUUCGGGCCCACUGAGUAAAGGGAGGCCUAGUCGUCAGUCAGGCCUGCAAGUUUAUGGUAUGACUUCUUAUGUCUGGGGUUAUGUUUACUGCAGCAAAGAAAGUGCUCACGGCAUGUCGAACCUUCAAACCUUCUUGUUUUCUGUUCUGAUGACUGCUCUAAUGGUCCCAGUCACGAAAGCCGCUGUGAAUCUCUGGUGCAGUUCAUGCCCGAGACUACAUAUUUUUUGUGAGAUAUUAGAAUUGUCAAAGAAUUUUAUUGUAUUCACUACUGCUAUUGUCAUCACUUAUUUUGAUUACUCGCCGUGGUUGCUUAGUGGCUAUAGUGUUAGGCUGCUGAGCGCGAGGUUGCGGGAUCGAAUCCCGGCCACGGCGGCCGCAUUUCGAUGGGGGCGAAAUGCGAAAACACCCGCGUACUUAGAUUUAGGUGCACCUUAAAGAACCCCAGGUGGUCCAAAUUUCCGGAGUCCUCCACUACGGCGUGCCUCAUAAUCGGAAAGUGGUUUUGGCACGUAAAACUCCAUAAUUCACUUAUUUUGAUCUCGUUAAAAGUGCACGUAUUAGCAACUUUAGAUGUAAUGGCGUUAAGAAAUUAAGGUCCUGGACACUUAAUGACAUUAAAAUUGCAUAUGUGCCAUGGGUGUAAGUAUUGUUUGGUGCGUGCAAAUGGGGAUUCAGCCUGCCACAAGUUGCAUAACUUGUGUGAAGAAACAGGUUAGGUUAUACCAAACAGCAGAUGUAAAGGUAGGCAUGUGGUAAAUUCAUUAGCAAUCACUCGAUUUGAAUUUCUAAGUUCUGGGAAAUGUCUGAAAAACUAACGUAGAACGUGCUGCACAUGACAAUGUUCUGUUAGGACACCUGUGCUAGUGGAGCGAACUUCGGCUGGAUUACCACAAUGGCAGAAUAGUCGAUCUGCUACAUACAGUUGAAUAGUGAAAGCUUGAAGUCUUGCUGUAUAAACUAUUCCCUCACCAAACUGCGGGGCCUAAACUGUUUGCUCAAAGCUGAGGUAACCUAUCCAUUAUGCACAAUUUACUCGUUAAUUUUUACUGUACCGCUUAUAUGCCUGACCUGUAUUAAUUGGUUCCUAGCUGGAAAAACUCCAUACAGCAAUACUGCUUUGUGCAUAAACACAAGUAGCAGUGUUUGUUUUAUGAAAGAUGCUUACAAUGUGAGGUGUGCAUGGCUUAGUUCCUUCCACCUGUCAAAAAGUUGAGACAUACAAAAGACUUUUUUUUUUUUCAUAGAUGUCUUGGUAUAGAACAAAUCGGGGAAUUUAUUACGACACCAGGUGGUCUUGUACGUGCCUCUGCAGCAAGAGAUUUUGUUUUACAAAUGCGUGUAGCAGCAGUAACUGCAGUGGUCAACCAGGGUAUGCAAACAAGGCCUUUAACUAGUGCAGUUAAAAAAAAAAAAACUAUAUGGUCAACUUCCUUCAGCAUUUUCCUUGGUAAGAUACUGCUGCCAUGAGUUUUUGUAUGCUGAAGCUUCAGUUUAUCUUAUGAAGUAUGCUUAAAUGCGAUCAGCACUUGUGAGGUGAUAGUGUUAAUUCCUCACCUGUGCUAGUGACAGCACUAACCUGAUGCAUGUCUGUUAAUCCAGUGGUAUUAAGAGCUACUUGUGUUAGGCUACAUGUUAUGUCAGUUUUUGUCUAGCUGCUGAGAAUAAAGGGCACAUGCUGCAGAAGUGACACAUUCAAGAGAAGUAAGCAGGUUACUUAAAGGCUAACUGCAAUGAAAUUUCACUUUGGCUAAAUUGGUUAUAAAAGAGGAGUUGGAGCAAUCUUGGCAGAGUUGCAAAGCUGGUAAUUAUCCAAUUUUUUUAAUAACCUUUAAAUAGUACUUAAACAGACGACGUACACACUUUGUUUGCGGAUAUGACACAGAUCCUAGACCUUCAGCACACUGUGGGUGCCACCUAAUCUCCGAGGUCAUGCAGAGGAACUGCAGAUUCUCAAUGUUUUCAGUUCUGCAUCAUUUCUGGUAAUGGCAGGUUUUCAUUUUCCUUUUCUAGUUUUGGUUUUAAAAAUGUCAAUUUUCACUAGCGUUUCAUCAUCAGCCUAUUUUAUGUUCACUGCAGGACAAAGGCCUCUCCCUACGAUCUCCAAUUACCCCUGCGCUGCGCCAACUGAUUCUAGCUUAUGCCUGUGAAUUUCCCAAUUUCAUCACCCCACCUAGGUUUCUGCCGUCCUCGAGUGCGCUUCCCUUCUCCUGGCACCCAUUCUGCAACUCUAAUGGUCCACCAGUAAUCCAUCCUACGCAUUACAUGGCCUGCCCAGCUCCAUUUUUUCCUCUUCAAACAUCGAAUUCGAACAUCAGCCACUAUAAAGCUUUUAUUUUAGGUCAUAGUCUAAACUCACAAUUUCGCUAAAUCAAAACACAUGUCCUGGUGCUCUUUGGCCUUAGAUGCCCUUGCACCAAUAAACUUCAAUCAUCAUCAUAUCGGCUAUCGCCGUUUGCUCUCUGAUCCACACCGCUCUCUUCUCAUCUUUUAGCGUUAUGCUAGCAUUUUCCUUCCACUGCUCUUUACACGGUCCUCAACAUGUUCUCGAGCUUCUUUGCCAACCUCCAAGUUUCUGCCCGGUAUGUUAGUACGGGUAGAAUUAAUGAAUUAUAUGGUGAUGAAUUUUCCUUCUUACCCCUGUGAGUAAUUGACAUUAAUAAACAUUUAUUCAAGGACUCUAGAGGCUGACUGGCGAUCUUGAACUAUUGUUCCCUUGCCAGGCUAUUGGACAUUAUAUUUGUCUUCUGCAUAUUAGUCUUCAACCCCACUCUUACACUUUCUCUGUUAAGGACCUCAAUCAUUUGUUGUAAUUUGUCCCCAGUGUUGCUGAACAGGACAAUGUCAUCUGCAAACCAAAGGCUGCUAGCUUUUCACUAGCUUUUCGUGACAUAUCAACUCGUAUUUUAAAGAUACAAUCUUGCACAACGGCUGCUCUGUACCUAAACUAUCUGAAACUAGGAUUUUUGUGCAAUCUAAGAUUUCACUGCAGUUGGACUUUAACCUUAGAAAACCCAAGUACCAUUCCAGAUAAAGGAAAGCUAGAAGUUGUUUACCACUAUUUCUGGCCAUGGAGGGUACGUUCAUUAAAAAAAGAGAAAAAGCUACACAACAUUUAAGUACAAUCUUUAUUAAUAGUAAUUAGUCUGAAGUACCCACAAGUUAAAUCUCACCCCAAAAUAUCAAAAAUCAUACAUUUGGCUUUGUGGGUACAGGAGUGAAACUUCUGCAGUUUGACUCAUCUGAUGUCGAGAUCAUGUAGGCAGUCUUUCUCAGCCCAAGUACUGAUUGGCCAAUCUAUAGGCUAACUUACCCCGAAUGUGUUAUUUCAGAGUCAAUACCUCCUACCAUUCCACUCAGCCUCCCAAGCUCUUGCGAGUUGGUAUCUGCCUUGUGCACUUCAGAAAAGCAGGCAUUUAGGCAGCUGUCUUUUUGGAGACGCUCGUUCCAGCAUUGCUUGCAUUUAGGUAUUUGUGGGCUCUAUUUCACAUUAUGCGGUAUCUAAGGCUUGAGGUAAGCUCUAGCAGAAUUUUUCAAGAUGACCUGUACAGCUGUAAAGGGCUGCUGAUAUUAAUAGAGCAAGGAGCACACGCAUUGUGGAACCAAUGCUGUUUUCCUGCGAAAACCUAGCAGGAAACCUUGCCAGCCGUCACUCCAUCUCUAUGGAUUGCCGUAGUCUUUCGAGGUAUUUGUGGCAUGUCUGACUCUGGUGUCUAUGGAUGCAUAGUAAGAUUUCAAUGUAGAAGUAGUGCAGACGCUGUUCUUGCCUCUUAUCCACCAACUACCACAGACCUGUACGUACAGAACAUGUAAAGCACUUCUUUUUCUGUGAUACAAUGGAUAGCAAUUCUAUUUUAACCGCAAAGAUGUUCCCAACCCUGUUGAACCCUCUGACGAACUGUGUACAAGCACCAAGUCUUUCUCUUUUUGCACAAAGAAUGGACACAGUGUGCCCUGUUGAUGUAACUUCUGGGAUGAAUAAACUUUUUGUGACACUAACCAAA